UGGUAUCACUUGUCUUUGGAUUCAGGAUGGCUUCAGUGGAAGAGCUUCUCCUGCAGGCUAGCAGCACAGGCUUGAUGCUUGGUGCUUUGUUGCUGCUGCUGGUUCUGUAUGUCCUUUUUUCAGCCUCCAGCUUUAAGGAAGAGGCUAAUGAACCUCCAGGACCCAAACCGUUGCCCGUCCUGGGCAACCUGCUCCAGCUGGACCUGCACAGGCUCCACGAGUCACUCUGUGAGCUUGCCAAGCAAUAUGGAUCUGUUUACAAGGUGUAUUUGGGUGGGAACAAGGUUGUGGUCUUAGCAGGGUAUAAAACAGUCAAAGAAGCACUUGUGAACAAUGCUGAAGAGUUUGGGGACAGAGAAAUUACACAGGCAUUUAAGAACAUUGCUCAAGAACACGGGAUUGUAUUGUCCAAUGGGGAGAACUGGAAAGAGAUGAGACGCUUUGCUCUCACUAACCUUCGAGACUUUGGAAUGGGCAAGAAAGGCAGUGAGGAGAAAAUCAUAGAGGAAAUCCAAUACAUUAAAGAAGUGUUUGAGAACUUUGGAGGGAAACCCUUUGACACAGCCCAGCCAAUGAACUAUGCUAUCUCCAAUGUUAUUUCAUCUAUUGUGUUUGGAAACAGAUUUGAAUACAGUGAUCCUGAGUUCAAAGAAAUGGUCAAUAGAGCAAAUGAGAAUCUUAGGCUUAAUGGAACAGCUCCCAUGCGGAUUUACAACUUAAUUCCCUGGAUAGGUCCAUUCUUGAAGAGCAAAAGGACAAUUGAUAGAAACCUUACGGACCACAAGAAUGAUCUAAAAAGGAUAUUUAAUGAUUUGAAAGAGUCGCUACAGUCAGACAAUAUCAGAGGGUUUGUCGACUCUUUCCUCCUUCGAAAGCAGAGUGAUGAGAAAUCAGGACAGAAGAACUCUCGCUUCAGUGAAGAGAAUCUUUUUGCAACAGUGACAAAUCUUUUUGUGGCUGGUACUGACACAACUAGCACAUCUCUGCGCUGGGCAUUUAUGUUUAUGGCUAAGUACCCACACAUACAGGACUGCGUACAGCAGGAGAUUGACAAGGUGAUUGGAGAUCGUCAGCCAGUGGUGGAUGACAGGAAGAAUCUGCCUUACACGGAUGCAGUGAUCCAUGAGACUCAGAGACUGGCCAGCAUAGCACCUUUGAGCCUUCCCCACGUCACCAGCUGUGAUGUUCAUUUCAACGGCUACUUCAUCAAGAAGGGUACAACUGUGUACCCUCUUCUGGCAUCUGUGCUGUGGGAUGAGAAUGAGUGGGAGACUCCACACCGCUUCAACCCAGCACACUUCCUGGAUAAGCAUGGACGAUUUGUUAAGAAAGAUGCCUUCAUGCCCUUCUCUGCAGGGCGAAGGAUGUGUCUGGGAGAGGGUCUGGCUAGGAUGGAGCUCUUCCUCUUCUUCACCUCUCUCCUGCAGCAUUUCCGUCUCACUCCUCCUCCAGGGGUGACAGAGGACCAGCUGGACCUCACACCAGUUGUUGGGAUCACGCUGAACCCUGCCCCCCACAAACUGUGCGCAAUUAAACGAGCCUAAUCUGAGGAUACAGCUGUUAUGUUAAAUACUCUGAAUAUUUUUUUGCAAAGCAGUGUUUCUAAUAAACUUUACAUAAGAAAAAAUAGGA